CGCUGCUUUCCCCGGAGAAGAAAAAAAAAAAAAACUACAUAAAGUUGCACACUACCGCUGAACACUUCGCAACGAAGCAAAGCUUCUCUCUCGAUCACAAUGGCCGCCCAAGGUCCCUCGGCUCUCCCCCCGACAACCAUCAUCUCAUCCAGACCGAUCUCCCAGUCGGCUGCCCACGACUUCCUCGCUGCUUACCUCGACCGUGCCGCGACGGACCCCGCUCUCCAACCCAACGCCGGAAUCAGUGAACAUGGCCCUUUGUCGCGCACCACGGCCGCCGCCCCCAACCUGAUGCUGCACAAUCUGAAGCGCGUGCAGGCCGGUCUGGCGGGCGAGGUCCUGGGUCGGGAUCUGACCUUGGCGAAGCUCAUGGCCGGAGAGGAUGGCGAUGCGCAGCAGACCACCGAGGCGGAGCAGGGCCAAGAUUGGGAAGACGCUCAGAAGUUCCAACAAGAGGGUGAGGCCCUAGAGGGCUCGCAAGACCCCAUGGACGCAGAUGUCAACAUGGAGCAAGAUCAAGAGGACCCGGCGUCUGGGGCCAUCGACAAGGAAGAGAGGAAGCGCUUGAAGAAGGAGCGCAGAUUGGCGGAGAAACGGGCCAAGGCCAAGGCCGACGCCGAUGCUUGAAGACCGGAUGAAGUAUUGCAACAAUAUCCCUGCUGUUGGUACGGUGGACCAUGGUUUGCAUCGGCUUUUAUUUUUUUGACUGGGACUCGCUUUUAUCGAUUCGGGGUUCAACUUAGAUAUGCAUACAGCAUUGGGCGCAUCAAAGGCGAAUAUACAUAGGAGGUUGUCAUUGGUUUGUUUUCUUACUUCUUUUGUUAAGUUCUUUGAAUUCACUAUACCAUUCCAACAAAUUGUCAAUUACAGUGUCAUGUACCAAAGUGCUUGACGGCUCCCGUACUCCACGAAUUGCAG